AUGUCAGUAUGUGUGAACUACCAAACAUGCCUGGGUGUCAGUCUGAAUAACAUCCCGUCAGAUGGUAAACGGUCUACUGUUAGAAGCACUGGUUCGGAGGGCGGCACUUCCCUGAACUGCUCCGUAAACGCUGUCGAUUUUAAGACCUUCAAAAGCACCUGGAAUGAGGAAGUGCAUAUAAACAGAGAAAAAUGGAAAGCACAAGCCGCAAAAGAUCUGGAAGAGAAUGCCAAACAAGAAGAGAACGAGGAGAAAGAUAAUAAAACCGAUACAGACACACAAAGCGGUGACAGCAAAGGCGAUAAUUCUAAAAAAGAAGACAAAAUCAACACGGAAGACACAAGACAAGAGAAGGAUUCAAAGACAGAUCGAGAAGCUGCUGUCGAUAACAAGGAGCCAACAGAGCAACAGCCCAGAGAGGAAGAGGGCAAUAAAGACCCAGGGGGGGUAAAUGGGGCUCAAACACCAGCGUCUGACGCCAAAGACCCCGAGACCAGCAGUGACACGGACAACAGUAAGCGAGCACACACCGCCUCGACUCGCCGCAAAUACCACCUGGUCAGAUACAGUAAGAAACCCAGUUACUGUGCCAACUCCUACUUGCCCUCCCGCCCGCAGAAAGAGGACAGCAAACCCACAGACCCCCGUAGCAGGGCCAGACACCUACAGAGCAUCUCUCUGAGACGGGGGAGGUGACCCUACCUGUAGCACACACACUUCUGUCUGUUCUGCACUGAUGAUGGAGUUGAGUGAUGCUAUUUCAACCC